CAACGAUGACAAUAUCCUUUGACGGUACGCUGUCAUUCAAAGGCGGGAGACAUUGAUAGUUGAGGUUUUGGCGGCUUUAUGAUGACGGAUGUUUUACCGAUUUCUUUGAUUAACUUCAAUGCAGAUAGUGGCUAUUUGGAGGGCUUAGCACGUGGGAUUAAAGGAGGACUUCUUAGGCAAGCAGAUUAUCACGUUCUGGUGCAGUGUGAAACUUUGGAUGAUCUAAAGCUCCAUUUACAUGACACUGACUAUGGGGAGUUUCUAGCCAAUGAGCCCGGACCUUUGACCGUAGGGAUAAUAGAGGAGAGGAUUCGUGAGAAGUUUGUCUCUGAGUUCCGUCACAUACGCAACCAAGCUGUGUACCCAUUAUCUUUAUUCUUGGAUUACAUCACAUACAGCUACAUGAUUGAUAAUAUUGUGCUUCUUAUAACGGGAACUCUCCAUGGUAGGCCAAUAUCGGAACUUAUGACUAAGUGCCACCCUCUUGGAACAUUUCUGGAAAUGGAGACCCUUAAUAUUGCUACUAACCCUGCUGAAUUAUACAAUGCGGUGCUCGUGGACACGCCUUUGGCUCCAUUCUUCAUUGAUUGUAUUUCGGAGCAAGAUUUAGAUGAAUUAAAUAUCGAGAUUAUACGUAACACUUUGUACAGGGCAUAUAUUGAAGAUUUUUAUGCCUUCUGUAAGUCAUUGGGUGGCAUUACUGCCGAGGUGAUGUGUGAGUUAUUGGCUUUUGAAGCUGACAGAAGGGCGUUCAUCAUAACAAUCAAUUCAUUCGGGACAGAACUUUCAAACGAAGAUAGGUCCAAACUUUAUCCUCGCUGCGGAAAACUCAAUCCGGAGGGGCUUGUCCAACUUGCUAAAGCUAACGAUUACGAACAAGUAAAAUCCGUCGCAAGAUACUAUUCUAACUAUGCCUCUUUGUUUGAAGAAACUGGUGAAGGUUUCGGAGAUAAAACAUUAGAAGAUAAAUUCUUUGAAUAUGAGGUCCAAUUGAAUGUAGAUGCCUUUUUACAGCAGUUCCACUAUGGUAUAUUUUACGCACUUCUUAAAUUGAAGGAACAGGAAAUGAGAAACAUUGUUUGGAUUGCGGAAUGCGUUUCCCAGCGUCAUCGUACCAAAAUUGACUCUUAUAUCAAUAUAUUAUGACUUAAAUAUGCCAUUUUUUUGAAAAAUUAUUCCACGCCUAAAGUGCGUUCUUAGCAUAAUCAUUUUUGACUUAUUAAUUACCUUAUAUAAGUUUGGAUCAAUUUAUAAUUUAAACUCGUUAAAAUUUUUCAAAAAUUACUUUUUCUUUAUAAUCAAGUUCAAGUGAUGAUUAAAAGUUCUACUCAUCUGAAUCAUUGAUAUCAAUUUUAAGAUUUCCUUUCGUAACUACCAUUUUACGUAGAUAUCUUUUUUCCCUAAUAUUUAAAUUCCUUGUUAAUCUUGUGUUAGAAUAUCAAUUAACUGUGUCAAUAAUUCUCUGAAUUAUAAAUAAAAUGUUGCUUCACGUGUCA